UCCGUCCUGCGCGGCUGCUGGUUCGAAUAGUAGUCGUUUAAUUCCGUCCGGCUUCUCUCCCACAUAAGUGCGUGCCGCCAACCCAUGGAGGAUUCAAUGGACAUGGACAUGAGCCCCUUGAGGCCCCAGAACUAUCUUUUCGGUUGUGAACUAAAGGCUGACAGAGAUUAUCACUUCAAGGUGGAUAAUGAUGAAAAUGAGCACCAGUUAUCUUUAAGAACGGUCAGUUUAGGGGCUGGAGCAAAGGAUGAGUUACACAUUGUUGAAGCAGAGGCGAUGAAUUAUGAGGGCAGUCCAAUUAAAGUAACACUGGCGACUUUGAAGAUGUCUGUACAGCCAACGGUUUCUCUUGGGGGCUUUGAAAUUACACCACCUGUGGUCUUACGGUUGAAGUGUGGUUCAGGGCCUGUGCAUAUCAGUGGACAGCACUUAGUAGCUGUGGAGGAAGAUGCAGAGUCAGAAGAAGAGGAGGAGGAGGAGGUGAAACUCCUAAGUAUAUCUGGAAAGCGUUCUGCCCCUGGAAGUGGUAGCAAGGUUCCCCAGAAAAAAGUAAAGCUUGCUGCUGAUGAAGAUGAAGAUGAUGAUGACGAUGACGAUGACGAUGAUGAAGAAGAUGAUGAUGAUGACGAUUUUGAUGAGGAAGUUGAAGAAAAAGCUCCAGUAAAGAAAGUAAGUAAGUCUGUACGAGAUACUCCAGCCAAAAAUGCACAAAAAUCAAACCAAAAUGGAAAAGACUCAAAACCGUCAACACCAAGAUCAAAAGGUCAAGAAUCCUUCAAGAAACAGGAAAAAACACCUAAAACACCAAAAGGACCUAGCUCUGUAGAAGACAUUAAAGCAAAAAUGCAAGCAAGUAUAGAAAAAGGUGGUUCCCUUCCCAAAGUGGAAGCCAAGUUUAUCAAUUAUGUGAAGAAUUGUUUCCGGAUGACUGACCAGGAGGCUAUUCAAGAUCUCUGGCAGUGGAGGAAGUCUCUUUAAGAAAAUAGUUUAAACAGUUUGUUAAAAAUUUUCCGUCUUAUUUCAUUUCUGUAACAGUUGAUAUCUGGCUGUCCUUUUUAUAAUGCAGAGUGAGAACUUUCCCUACCGUGUCUGAUAAAUGUUGUCCACGUUCCAUUGCCAAGAAUGUGUUGUCCAAAAUGCCUGUUUAGUUUUUAAAGAUGGAACUCCACCCUUUGCUUGGUUUUAAGUAUGUAUGGAAUGUUAUGAUAGGAAUAGUAGUAGUGGUGGUCAGACAGAUGGGAAUGGUGGGGAGACAAAUAUACAUGUGAAAUAAACUCAGUAUUUUAAUAAAGUAGCCCUGUUUCU